UUCCUUAUCAUGUUACACAUGCACCAGCCAGAGCAGCAACAGUAACUGCAUGACGGCCGUUAACUGUACUGCUGGAAUUGACUCCUACUGCAAGACGUCUGUUGCAGCUGCUGGGAUUGGUAGUUUGUCAAUUGCCUCCAUCACUAAGGUAUGUGCCGCAGUCUGCACACCAAGCAGUUUGAGUCUUUCAGUGGCUUCCACUUCUGUCUCCUGCUGUAACACGGAUUUGUGCAACACCAGUGGGGCUUCCAGUGUGAAAUCCAGCUCUACCAUCCUCGCUCUGUCUGUGGGUCUCUUCCUGGCUCUGCUGGGGAAAUCCUCUCUCUGAUCUGCAAGACAACGCCCCCGAGGAUGCAGCAUUUAUUUCUCUUGUAUUUUAUUGAUUUGAUGUACUGGUUCUCAUCAAUAAAAAUAUGAUCAAAUCAUCAAUAAAA